AUGAAUUUGAAGAAAAAUGAGGAGACUUUCUCAAUGAGUUUAAUUUUUGAGAGAAUGUGUUUGAUUGAUUUAUAUGAGGAGAGACAUCGUUGGGUUCCAGCAUUUGUGAAAGAGACCUUUUCGGCAGGUGAGAAAGAUGGUGCCUAUUAUGUAACUGGGACUUUAUUUAUUGGAGAUAAACAAAAAGAAAUGACUUAUAAUGUUCAGUUCAAUAAUGAGACAUGUGAGGUAAAAUGUGCUUGUCGACUAUUUGAAUUCAAAAUCCUUUGUAGGCAUGCAUUAUCGGUUUUGAUACAAGAACAUGUCAAAAUUGUGCCAGGAAAGUAUAUUGUACCACGGUGGAGGAAAGAUAUAAAACGAUGCCAUACAAGAAUCAAGGUCAACUAUAAUGAAUGGAGUGGAAGAUUUGAAACUCGACGAUAUGAUAAGUUGCAAACAAAAUUUUAUGAAGUCGCUAAUUGGGCUGCUGAAUGUGAUGAGCAUUGUGAAACAUUUUGGAAUGUGAUGAAUGAAUUGCAAUCAAAAGGAAAAAAUUGUGAUAAGAAAGAAGGUAAUGCAAUUCAUAGUCCUAUGGUUGUACGAAGACAUGGACGACCACCAAAAAAGCAUAAAGUCUCUUGGAUUGAGAAACUUAUUUCUAUGAAGAAAAAAGUGCAAGAUAAGAAAGUCAAGACCUAA